AUGGGACACAAGAUGCAUCCACAACCACAGGCUCGGAACAAAAUCUGUGUCUUUGGUGUUGGGCCCGACUUGUCAACAACAGAUGCUGCGGACGCCCAGGCUCCCGGCGCCAUGAGCAAACUGACCUGGUAUCCCGCAAGCAAGCGGAGGUACGGCGACAAGGCACAGAGUGAGAGGCGGUCGGUGCUGUUCAGGACGGGUGCCUGCUUGCCUUGGCCUGUACUUGGAAACGCAAAGCCGAAGUUCGGUCUUGACAUGCAGCAAUACGAGAAGGACAAGCUCAAGGGGGUGCAUUUCCGCGAGUCGUGUGUCUCUCGCACGAGAUGA